AAAGUGUACAAGUACAACUCGAUGACAAAGAACAUUUAGAAUUGGAGCGAAUUUCGUGUGUUUCAUAGUAUAUAACUUGAUUUGUUAUAUACUUCGAUGGUAUAUAACUAUUUGUUUUUGUAUGAGGCAGAUUCAAAUAAUCGCGUAACUCAUUUUUGAUGGGGAUACUUGCAACGAUUACUUUCGAGAACGGAAAAACUGUUUUGUUAAAUCGUUGAAAUUUGAUAAAAAUCGAAUUCCUUUACGAAUUACGAUUUUUUAAACGGUCAAUCAAAUUUGUCGAAAACUUUAUUCAUCUAUUUUUCGGUUAAUCCACGCGAUUAAUCUUUUUGAAGAAUCGCGAUACGUGCAUUUGUGGAAUAGCGAAGCGCGCCAUAAACUUAACGUAUACCACGUACGUGUAUAUUUACGUGGUGGCGUUCAGGAAUCGGAACACGGCGGAAGAAAAUAACUUAAAGUGUUCGCGUGAGACAAGUUAGAACGAAUUGCAGCGCAUUCGUGUGAACAUUGUUGAGACAUUGUAUGAUUUUUGGUGUUGUUGUGUUACGAUGAACCAAGUCAUCGCGCGGUCCUCGUAAAAGAAGGUCAUCUUUUCUGCGGGCUGCGAUUAUCCGAAAUAAAAUAUCAUUGACCCAGUUAGCAGCGCAAAAGUAAUUAGACAUUCGUGGUGGAGUAGACUAACAGGGACCGUAGAUUCGUGGUCCGCGGUUAGUGUACCCGAGCGGGGGCUCGAGGGGGACUAGUGCGUCGGUCAUAGUGGAGGAGACAGGGGUCCACGAUGCCCCCCAUAAUAGGGGAAACGUUGCGUGUAUGGUUCCUCUCGGCGUUGGUGGUUCACGGUGCUGUCGCUGGCAAUCCGGACGCGAAACGCCUUUACGACGACUUGCUUUCUAACUAUAACAAACUAGUGCGCCCUGUUGUGAAUACCUCGGACGUGCUACGCGUGUGCAUCAAGUUGAAACUCUCCCAGCUCAUCGACGUGAAUUUGAAGAAUCAAAUCAUGACGACGAAUCUGUGGGUGGAACAGUCAUGGUACGAUUACAAGUUACGAUGGGAGCCGAAGGAGUACGGAGGAGUUAAAAUGUUACACGUGCCAUCCGAUCACAUAUGGCGGCCCGAUAUAGUCCUCUACAACAACGCGGACGGCAACUUCGAGGUGACCUUGGCCACGAAGGCCACCAUCUACCAUCAAGGAUUGGUCGAGUGGAAGCCCCCCGCCAUUUAUAAAUCAUCCUGCGAGAUCGACGUGGAGUACUUCCCAUUCGACGAGCAGACCUGUGUCCUCAAGUUCGGUUCGUGGACCUAUGACGGCUUUAAGGUCGAUCUAAGGCAUAUGGACGAGAAAUCGGGAAGCAAUGUGGUGGAUGUCGGAGUCGACCUCUCCGAAUUCUACAUGUCGGUAGAAUGGGAUAUUUUAGAAGUACCUGCAGUACGAAACGAAAAAUUUUACACCUGCUGCGACGAGCCGUACCUGGAUAUUACAUUUAAUAUAACAAUGCGAAGAAAAACACUUUUCUACACUGUGAACAUAAUUAUUCCGUGUAUGGGAAUUUCCUUUCUUACGGUACUGACGUUUUAUCUACCUAGCGACAGCGGGGAAAAGGUCACGCUCUCCAUUUCCAUUCUCAUCAGUCUUCACGUGUUUUUCCUGCUGGUCGUCGAGAUCAUUCCACCUACGUCGCUGGUCGUGCCGCUGCUUGGAAAGUACCUGAUAUUCGCCAUGAUACUCGUUUCGAUAAGUAUAUGCGUGACAGUGGUUGUACUUAAUGUCCACUUCCGAUCGCCACAAACUCACAAAAUGGCACCUUGGGUGAAGAGGGUUUUCAUCCAUAUUCUUCCUCGCUUGUUGGUCAUGCGAAGGCCUCAAUAUAAAUUCGAAACAAAUAGAUAUAGUUCUGGAAGAGUAUUAAUGAGAACAGUCAGAGGAAAGGAAAAAACCUGUUAUUAUCCUUAUCAUCCAUCUACUCAAGAGGAUAGCGAAGAACAUCUAACGCCAAAACGAUUUCACAGUCGUGCCGCAUCAAAAGAAGAUCUUUCACCUUCCAGUCUCGCUGAUGGCGCAAGGUUCGGCGGAAGUUGCUUAAUCCACGGGCCGCCAUUACCACCGCUUCCUCUUCACACGGAAUGCGAAGACCUAUCUGUUUCCGGCGAGGCAGGGAUCGAGGAGGUUAAAAGUCCUGUCCUCCGAAGCCCUCCUGCUUUCUCGCAUUCGCGCUGCCCUCCCGAAAUUCACAAAUCCUGCAUCUGUGUGCGCUUCAUCGCAGAACACACGAAAAUGCUCGAAGACUCGACAAAGGUGAAAGAAGACUGGAAAUACGUGGCGAUGGUCUUAGACAGGCUGUUCCUCUGGAUCUUCACGUUGGCGGUGCUGGUAGGCACAGCUGGGAUCAUCCUACAGGCACCGACCCUCUACGACGACCGGGUACCAAUUGAUAAAAAAUUCAACGAAUUCGGAACCACGGCGGUGGUAAACUGUCCGCCACAAUAGUCCAUGCCCGAGCCCUGCGCCGUAGAGAAAGACUAAGGACCAACAUCCGGAUGUAAUUGUCGCUAUCAAUCCCGGAAUCCCAUCCUAGUCUUCUAGAAACAUUCAACUUUCCAUCGUUGUCCAAUAAACGAAAUUACGGUAAAAGGGCUCCAUUCCCACGAAGCGAUUAUGUUAAAUACACGAAAUGCACAUAAAUGUUUCAAUGAAAAGAAAUGGGAACGACGAAUGAAGGUUCGAGGAAAGUAGCAGUAGUAGUAGUACGAAAAUCUUUGCAUUCUCGUUUGGACAUGAAAUUGACAAACGAGCAAUACAAUAGAACGUCGAUUACUUGAAUUUAGGUUAUUCAAAUGAUGAUUGAUUAUUCGAACACGAGAUAUGCAUGUGUUUCUAAACGAAAUUGAUCGUAUAAGAAAAUUCUGAGUUUUAAUGAAAAUUUGUAUAAAUAUAAUAUAAAUAUAAUUGUUAAAAUUUUUCCAUUCUUUCGUUUGUUUUGAAUUCAAUGUUGCCUGAGAAGUUUUUUUACAACAGGAUGAAAGAGCGUUUUUUAUAUAAAAAAUUUUGCUUAUCUCACGUCAUUAUUCAAUUAUAUUUAAAAAAUUAAAAU